AAGGAGACAAGGGUGCCCCGGAUGCCCGCUCCCGACGCCGGGUCUCCCCACCUAAGGCUUCCGGUUCAUGCAGCGAGCACUUCCGGGCAGGGACGGGUGCCGGGGGAGACCAGCCCAGGAGAAAAGCGUUUGGGAGCGCGGAGUAGGCGGCAUGGGGAAGAAGAAAAGCCCGGGGCUCGGCCGGGCCCUCAUGAAGGAGCGGAGCCAGGCCCGGCGGGGCAGCAGGCAGCCCGGCUCCUGGUUACAUACGAGUGAGUUAAAUGACGGGGAUGACUGGGGCCGCCUCAGUCUUCAGUCGGUGACAGAGCAAAGCUCGCUUGAGGAAUUCCUUGCCACAGCUGAGCUCGCAGGAACCGAGUUUGCGGCUGAGAAACUAAAUAUCAAGUUUGUUCCUGCUGCGGCAAGGACUGGCCUGCUGACAGCAGAAGAGACCAAAAAUAUUGAGAAACUCCAUGAGGAAAACAGACAGUUUUUGUGUAUACCAAGAAGACCAUACUGGGAUAGGAGAACCAGUGCUGAGAAGUUAAAGCAAGCAGAGAGAGAGAGCUUUCUGGAGUGGAGAAGACAGCUUGUUCGGCUAGAGGAAGAACAGAAACUGAUUUUGACCCCAUUUGAACGGAAUUUAGACUUUUGGCGCCAGCUCUGGAGAGUCAUCGAAAGAAGUGACAUUGUGGUUCAGAUAGUAGAUGCCAGAAAUCCUCUCCUGUUUAGAUGCCAAGAUCUGGAAUGUUACGUGAAGGAAAUGAGCAGCGACAAAAAGAACAUCAUUCUGCUAAACAAGGCGGAUUUGCUGAGCAAAGAGCAGCGUGCGGCUUGGGCGCAGUUCUUUGGGAGAGAAGGUGUUAAAGUUGUGUUCUGGUCAGCCUUGGCAGAAGGCAUGCGGCUGAGUGCUGAACUUAAGGGACUAGAACCUGAGGAGGCAAGUGACUCUGAAGAUGGCGGGUCCAGUGAGGAGGAGCACAGUGCCCUGCAGAGCAGUGCAGAAAGCGCACUCAGGGGUAACACUCUGCAUCCUGAAAGCAGAGUCCUGGGCAGUGAUGCCGACGACAGUGAUGAAUAUGAGGACUGUGAAGAGGAGGACGAUGCCUGGCAGACCUGUUCUGAACAUGAUGAUGGUGAGGAAGAAGUAAAUUCCAGUAACCCAAGCUGUAUGGAAAGCAGGACUGACAGGGCUUUAGGGCAAAGCCCAGGGCCACUGCAGAGCAGACACAUCAGUAACUUCAGCCACCUGGUACAGAAAAACGAACUGCUGGAGAUAUUCAGAACAAUACAUACUGGGAAGAAGAUGAAGGAGGGAGAGGUCACAGUAGGGCUGGUGGGUUACCCUAAUGUUGGUAAGAGCUCAACAAUCAACACGAUCCUUGGAAACAAGAAAGUGUCCGUGUCUGCCACGCCAGGUCACACAAAGCACUUUCAGACUCUGUAUGUGGAGCCUGGCCUAUGUCUCUGCGAUUGUCCCGGUCUGGUGAUGCCAUCCUUCGUCUCUACAAAGGCAGAGAUGAUCUGCUGUGGAAUUUUGCCUAUAGACCAGAUGAGGGACCAUGUUCCACCUAUCUCUCUAAUUUGCCAGCAUAUCCCACGACAUGUUUUAGAAGCAACCUAUGGAAUAAAUAUCAUAAGACCCAGAGAAGAUGAGGAGACAAAUCGCCAACCAACAUCUGAAGAGCUGCUAGCAGCAUAUGGAUAUAUGAGAGGAUUUAUGACAGCUCAUGGGCAGCCAGACCAGCCAAGAUCAGCUCGUUAUGUGUUGAAAGAUUACGUCAGUGGUAAGCUGUUGUAUUGCCAUCCUCCUCCUGGCAUUGACCCAAACGACUUCCAACACCAGCACAAAAGAUAUACACAACGCAGAGCUAUGCACGGCAAUGCAGAAAAGUCCGAAAGGAAUCAGAACGCAGAACAAAUUGAAAAUGUGGUGGACAAAACAUUUUUCCACCAGGAGAAUGUCCGUGCUCUGACAAAAGGAGUUCAGACUGUAAUGGGAUAUAAACCUGGCAGUGGGCCUGUGUCUUUGGCUGCAUCCAGCUCCGAGAAUGUCAGAGGAAAGCCCUGGAAAAAACAUGGGAAUAAAAACAAAAAGGAGAAGGUUCGCAGAAUCACUAAGCACCUAGAUGCAUAGCUGAGGCAUUAGCCACAUGCGCUUGUUGCCAGGCUGGAGACCGCAACAUGUCCUACAUGUUAUGUGCGCACACUGAAGCAGAAAGGAUAAACCAGCAUCAGUGUUUCACAUUGAAAAUCUGACUGUGCGACAGAUUGCCUGGGGCAGGUGUGUGAGGUCAGACUCUGCCACACGGUGUUUCUGUGUUUCUUCCUUCGGAGAAAGAAACAAAGCUCUCUGCUAACCAUCAAAGAACUUCCCAUUGAUGUCUCCUGGAAGCAGGUCAAUUUAGGCUUUUAACUGCUCCUGAAAAGUCAGCCCUUUUGACUAGAGUGGUUGGAGUCAUUUUAGGAGUAUGUUUAGCUUCCAAACCUAUUUUAUAGCUCUGGAGGGUUAAACAAAAACCUGUACAACUGACUAAGAAGUUAAAUAAUUCAAUCUUAUUGGAUAAAGUUUGUUACAUUUGA